GCGAUCAUGUCCGAGUCCAUCAUUGCCAGUGACCUCGUUGGAUCGUGAGCCGUGUACGGCCAGGAAUCCAUGUUGUACUUUCCCAGUAUCAAAGGUCGCUAUCCUGUUGGUGCGACAACAUUUCAGCUUGCGGUUCCCUCGCCAAUCACUGUUGGUACAUCGAAAAUCCGCGCGGGUGGGCAAAACGGAGACCUGAAAUCAGCGCUCGUCGUGGAGGAGAUCGCAUUUACGGCUUAUUAUCCUGCCCAAGUUCGAAAUAUUAAGAGAACGAGAGGUCUGGAUUGGUUAAUAAGACCAAUUAGAGAGUCACUUAGAGGUUAUGCUCAUUUUGCAGGUAUAUCCACCUGGAUAGUCAGGCCUCUCGUGUAUCUGUAUGGGUCGUUCUUAAGAGUUCCAGUACAUGAGAAUGCACCUCUACUAAGCCCUGUACUAGUUUCUGAAGACGCAGAACCGCCUAAACCAAACCAGAAUUCGUGGCCUCUGGUUAUUUUCUCUCAUGGUCUAGGCGGUAGCCGGACUACAUAUAGUCAGCUGUGUAUGCGGCUGGCUUCUUCAGGCCGAGUGGUUCUUGCCAUGGAGCACAGGGAUGGGUCUGGGCAUGUUUGUGUUCCUUCAAGGUCUCCCGCGAAGCUGUAUAUUAAAGAGUCCGACAUUAUAUGGAGUCCUGAUACUAAAGAUGAAGAACGCACAAUGCUAUCCUUCCGAGGUGAUCAGCUUACAUUUCGACAACACGAGAUAUACCUUGCAUAUGCAGCUUUUAGCAAGCUUGUAAAAUAUGGAUAUGAAGGACCAGGUAAUGGGCUUCAGUUGACUGAUGCUAGCAAAAUAGAUUGGGACAGCUGGACGCAGAAGGAUGACGUUGUGCCAAUUCAGUGCGAUGAUAAUAUAGCUUUAGCAGGGCACUCAUUUGGAGGAGCGACCGUUUUCUCUAUUCUAUCGACAGAUCCCCCUUCAUCUGAGUCUACACCAAUUCCAGUCAACAAAGCUCUCAUACUUGACCCUUGGAUUGAGCCCAUUUGUUCUCCCGGCCCUUCGCCUGUGCCAAGUCCGAGGGAUCGGCCGUUGCCUCGUUUACUGGUGAUAAAUUCCGAAGGAUUUACGCUCUGGAAAGACCACUUCGAAAGGCUUGUUGGCGUCGUUGGAGUAUGGGAACCCGCAGGACGGAGGUUGUUAACUAUCGUUCGUUCGAAACACAUUUCAUUUUCUGAUUUCCCACUACUUCCGCUCACAAUAAAGAAGAAAGCACAUAUUGUUAUGGACAUUAUUUCAAAGCUUUCGCUCGCAUUUCUAGACGGCAGCAUAGACAACGCAUUAGAUGAUAUCCGUACGCGGAAAAUGGAGAUCAAAAUCGUUGGGAUUAAAAAGGACGGUCGCCCUUCACGGCAGCUUGUUGGAGAUAUCGGAGACGUUAUAGUGCAUUGA